AUGUACCCUCUGAACAAGAGUGACGAGAACGAACAAGGAACCACUCACAGCAUCAGCAUUACCGAGCUUCCACAUGAUCUAUGGAUUGUCAUUUUGAAAGAACUUUCGCUCACAGAAAUUUUUCACUUGUCCAUGACAAACAAAUUCUUUCUGAAAUUAUGUUUCAAUCAAACCUUGACCAAAGAUUUUAAACCAAAAAAUUAUUCCAAGCCACUGUUAUCUAUGAAUGAAUUUACAUAUAAAAAGGAUGAAAAAGACCAUCUAUUUGAUGUGACACAACGAGAAGUUUAUAAACCGUUAGUGUGCCAGUUCUUUCCGAAAUUUAAAAAAACGCUGAAUGUCAACAAUUGGUUGCACGUGUUGAGGCGAAGGAUUUUACAUUUGAAGAUUUAUGAACCAAAAAAACUGCCAUUACAACGGGACACAACUAGCUCAAGUUUUAGUUUGGAAAUGCCUGAAUUUGCUACCUCUCAUUAUGAUCAGAAAUUCAUAGAAGGAUGUGAAUAUAUUUAUAAAUGUCCAUUGAAAUUCGAAGAGUUGGCAAUCAAAGUAUCAGCAUCUCAAGUCAAAAUGGCAUUUUGUAAAGAAUGUAGCCACAACGUGUACCUAGUGAAUGACAUGGAAGAAUUCAAAGAGAGACUAUCGAAAGGAGAUUGUGUAGCCUUUGUGAGAAAGGAUCCUCAAAGCAACUCUAUGUCAUUAGGAAGAGCAUGUUUUUAG